UCGACUCCCUCCCGCCCGGGUCCCCGCCCCUCCGCGAGUCCCUCCUCCUUCCGCUGCUCCGGUCCCUGCCUCCCGGACGCGCCCUCCACCUGCUCGACCAAUUGCCCCGCCGCUUCGGCGUCGAGCCGUCGUUCCGGUCCUACAACGUCGUCCUCUCCGUGCUCGCCGGGGCGGACUGCCACGCCGACGCGCUCGCGCUCUACCGCCGGAUGGUCCACAAGGACCGCGUCCCGCCCACCACCUUCACGUUCGGCGUCGCCGCGCGGGCGCUCUGCCGCCUCGGCCGCGCCGACGAGGCGCUCGCGCUGCUCCGCGGGAUGGCGCGACACGGGUGCGUUCCCGACGCCGUGCUCUACCAGACGGUGAUCCACGCGCUCUGCGAUCAGGGAGGGGUCGACGAGGCUGCCACGCUCCUCAACGAGAUGCUUCUCAUGGGGUGUGCCGCAGACGUCAACACGUUCGACGAUGUCGUGCGUGGGCUGUGCGGGCUCGGGCGAGUACGUGAGGCGGCGAGGUUGGUUGACAGGAUGAUGACGAAGGGUUGCAUGCCCGGCAUGAUGACGUAUGGUUUCCUCCUGAAGGGACUGUGCCGGGCGAAGCAGGUGGAUGAGGCACGAGCAAUGCUCGGGAGGGUGCCGGAGCUGAAUAACGUGUUGUUUAACACGGUGAUUGGUGGCUGUCUUGCAGAGGGGAAGCUAGCAGAGGCUACGGAGCUGUAUGAGACAAUGGGUUUGAAGGGCUGCCAACCAGAUGCACACACCUACAGUAUAUUGAUACAUGGUCUUUGCAAGCUUGGAAGGCUUGGUUCAGCUGUGCGAUUGCUCAGAGAAAUGGAGAAGAAGGGCUUUGCUCCGAAUGUAGUCACCUACACAAUCUUGCUCCAUUCCUUUUGCAAGAACGGGAUGUGGGAUGACACAAGGGCAAUGCUAGAGGAGAUGUCAGCAAAGGGCUUGACUAUUAAUUCACACGGGUACAAUGGAAUGAUAUAUGCGCUAUGCAAAGAUGGUAGGAUGGAUGAGGCAAUGAGGAUCAUUCCAGAGAUGAGGAGUCAAGGGUGCAAGCCUGAUAUUUGCACAUACAAUACAAUAAUUUAUCACUUGUGCAACAAUGAACAGAUGGAGGAGGCAGAACAUCUUUUUGAUAACUUACUUGAAGAGGGUGUUGUUGCAAAUGCAAUUACUUACAAUACACUCAUUCAUGCACUGCUGCAUGACGGAAGGUGGCAGGAUGCUGUGAGGCUUGCAAAUGAAAUGAUACUUCAUGGUUGCUCACUUGAUGUUGCUAGUUACAAUGGGCUGAUAAAAGCCAUGUGCAAAGAUGGGAAUGUUGAUCGGAGCUUGGUGCUGCUUGAAGAAAUGGCAGAAAAGGGUAUUAAGCCAAAUAAUGUUUCAUACAACAUUCUGAUUAGUGAGCUUUGUAAGGCGAGAAGGGUACGUGAUGCUCUACAGAUCUCAAAGGAGAUGUUAAACCAAGGGCUUACUCCUGACAUUGUCACUUACAAUAUGCUCAUAAAUGGUUUGUGCAAAAUGGGAUGGAUGCAUGCUGCUCUCAAUCUCCUAGAGAAACUUCACAAUGAAAAUGUGCAUCCUGAUAUUAUUACAUACAAUAUUCUCAUUAGUUGGCACUGCAAAGCUAGAUUACUUGACGAUGCUGCUAUGCUUCUAAACAGGGCAGUAGGUGGUGGAAUAGCACCUAAUGAGCGCACAUGGAGCAUUAUGGUGCAAAAUUUUGCCAGGAAGUCACUUAGCAUUUUGGCUGAUCAGGUUGAAGUGUACUAGAAACAUUUGCUUCUAUAUGGUGUAUUUGAUGGUUGUUGCAGCUUUUGAAGUUGAUGUAUCAUCAGAUGUUGGAAAGAUCAAAAAUGAAAUGAGCAUAUCAUGGUGUUCGCAGUAGAUUUCAUAAUUUUUGAAGACCUGUGGAUGAUUGGUACAAAAAUCAAGAUUCUUCCUGACAAAUUCCAAGUUAUACUUACACACAAAAGGGUCAAUGGAUGUGCAGCAUUUUGUCAGGACAGCCCACCAAUUUCAUCAUUUCUGCUGCUAAGCUUGGAGGCAUUUCCUUAUCUGGUCGCCAUUGAUUCUGGUCUUGCUGUGGGCUCACAUCCAUUCUAUGCUUCAGUUAUGGAGAAUCACUACAGGGUGUCAACCCUAUUCUCAACUACAUUGCCCAUGCCGCAUCCUUUUCAAGCCUCUGGCGAAGAGGCUAUUGAGUUUGGACAUGUUAUUGAAUGGCUUGAAUACGCCCACUUUCCUUGCGGGACCUGAAUUUGAGGUUUCCUGCCCAUUUGUAUUGUUGGAUACUUGGCAUCUCAGACCUUUCUGGUUGGUCAUAGUUUGAAGAUUGCUGAGUGCUGAAAUUACUGUAUGGUCAAAAUCUUGUUGGUGAGCCAUUAUUCUUUCAAGCUUUUCUUAGGCUUCAUAAUGUUUACUCAGAGUUGAUCUGCCUCAGGGAUUGGCCAACAAUGGGAAAAGUCUAUGGAAGUCCCAAGACAUAGCAAAAUCUUGUCUGUUUGUUCAAUAGAAUAGAUACAGACUACAGAGACAAAUUGUUACAUUGAAUGAAGUUGUAGUUGCUUAUGCUGGGAAACGUGGAUUUGGGAAAUCUCCUGCACCAUACCUUAAGGAAAAAGGUUCAUGAUUCGAAGGAUCCUUCAGCUCCUGAAAUUGAACUCUCUGGUGCAAAAUUUGUGAAUUUGUGCUUGAUUUGCUCCAGAGCCCUGUGGAUUCCUCCAUAUAGGCCAUGCAAAGGCUGCACCAUUGAGAAAAUAUUUUGCGGAAAGAUACCAGGGGAACCAACCAUUCAAUUCGAUGUCUCGAACCCUUCAAAACAAAGCAGUGAGUUUGUUGAGAACCUCCUAAAAGAUAAUGAGACACUGGGAAUUAAAAAAUGAUGCAGUUACAUACACAUCUAAUGGUGUAGGAAAGAAGGCAACACCCUUCACAAAUAGAAUUUGGCUAGAUUGUGCCGAUGCGUUGACGAUUAGCAAGGGCAAGGCAGUUACUUUCAUGAGCUGAGGAAACGCCGUCAUUAAAGAAAUCAAGAUGGAGAGUGGAGUAAUUACUGAACUGAUUGCAUAACUACAUCUUGAGAGUGAUCUGUGAAAACAAAAUUGAUGGUUACAUGGCUCCCAAAUAUAGAUGACCUGAUUCCUCGUUGGUGGAAUUUGAUUACCUAAUUUGCAAGAAGGUAAUUUGGCUCUUGCUCCAAGAUGAUGGAGUCAACAUGAGAACUUGCAGAACCCAAUAUUUUUCUUUUAUUUUUUCUCUCUUUGACUGUAUAUUAAAACUGUAAAUUUUAUCUAGUUUUUUCUGUUUAGAUAUCAUAUUUUUCAUGUAAACUAUUUUUUUGUUUGUUUGUUUUUAAUUGGGAAUUGCUAUAGAGCUGCCUACUGUUUUCUCGAUUAGGUUUUAUCUCUAGUCUACCGCGAUUUUGUUGGGUCGACGCUGAAGGCUGUUGUUAUUGUUUUUGAAAUUAGUAAUGUUCAUUCUUUAAAUCUCUCGGGUACCUAACCUUUUGAAAUGUAAACUAGAAGGUAAACUAAAAUGUCUUGUACUGAUCA